UCACUAUCAGUAACAUCACAGCUACUGGGAUCUUUUAAUGUGUACCAUGAUUACAAAAAUUAGCUUUUUUGCUGGCUUAUUGCUGUGUUACAUUUCUGAAAUUGACACCACAGAUAUUUUAAAUGGAUUGAAGCUAUCGAAGUAUUCCAUCGUAAAUCCCCAGGUGGUUCAUAGAAUAACAAGAAGCAUCAACAGACCAGAGUCAGAGCAGAGUUUCCAUGGAGGUGAAACUGUUUCAUAUGCACUGACUAUAAACAAGAAACACAUCCUUCAUCUCAAAAGGAACAGGGACUUCUUAUCUCCAGACUUUGUCCAACAUCUUCACAAAAGAACACAUCCAAAACAUAAUCACUGCUAUUACCAUGGAGAGGUGGAAGGUUACCAGGACUCUGUGGUAGCACUCAGCACCUGCUCUGGACUCAGGGGUGUGAUCCUUCUCGGCACUGACACCUACGGGCUUGAGCCAGUGCCAUAUUCGGCAACCAGCGACCACAUUUUGUACCUGCUGAAGGAUGUUCAGUCAGAGCCAACCACCUGUGGGGUCGUGGAUGAGGCCACAUCAACGCCCAGACCGUCACACUUUGAACCUGUCCUGUCAAUGACAUCACUGCUGCGGAAAAAGCGCACUUUACCUGAAACCAGUUAUGUGGAGUUGGUGCUUGUUGUCGAUAAUCUCAGGUAUAACUUCAAGAAACAAAAUGAAACAGCGGUACGAGAGGAAAUGGUUGAGUUGGCUAAUAUACUGGAUGGGUAUUUCAAGCCGCUGAAUAUCCGUGUGGUGCUUGUGGGUGUGGAGAUUUUUAAAACGGAGAACCCCUUUAAUGUGGAAGGAUCUGCUGGAGAUGCGUUAGGGGGCUUUGUGAAGUGGAGACAGGACACACUGUUACCAAAUAUCAGGAAUGACAACGCUCAGCUGGUUAUCGGUCGGCCGCACCCUUAUGGAGCUGUGGUGGGUUUGGCUUUUGUGAGCACCAUCUGUUCUGCGGCCCAUUCAGGGGCAAUCAACGUGUUCAGUGGCAACAAUCUGGUCUAUUUCUCCACUGUGGUGGCCCAUGAGAUGGGUCAUAACCUGGGUAUGAAACACGACGGUUCAAACUGUGUCUGUGGAACAUCAAAAGGCUGCAUCAUGUCACACGGCACAAGUUUCAGCGACUGCAGUGAAAGAGACUUUGAGAACCUGAUCCUCCGUGGAGGAGGCCUGUGCCUGAAAAACCAGCCCUCCCUGUCGGAUGUGGUCAGUAUUCCUAAAUGUGGCAAUGGGCUCCUGGAGAAAGGAGAAGAGUGUGACUGUGGCACUCCAGAGGAAUGCAAAAACGACUGCUGUGAUGCUGCCACCUGUAAAUUAACCAAUGGCGCCACCUGUGCUCACGGAAGCUGCUGCAGCAACUGUCGGAUCAAAGUUCCUGGAACACCAUGCAGAAGCUCUUUCAACACCUGUGACCUCCCUGAAUUCUGUGACGGUAUGAGCUCGUUCUGUCCCGACGACUUCUACAUGAUGGACGGCCUGAGUUGUGAGAACAACGCUGCGUACUGCUACGAGGGCCGAUGUCAGACCUACGACUACCAGUGUAGACAUCUGUUUGCACCAGAUCCAGCAAUAAAGGCAGCAGAUAUUUGUUUUAAGACUGCAAACGUUCGAGGAAAUAGAUUUGGAAACUGUGGACGUAGUGGGGGAACAUUCCACGCAUGUAGUCCAGAUAAAGCUAUGUGUGGAAAGUUGCAGUGUACUAAUGUGGACGCCAACAACCCCCCGAGCGGUGCUCAAGUCACCACUGAAAUAAUACAGGGGUCAACUUGUGUGAAUGCAGACUUCCACUUGGGUACAGAUGUGCUGGAUCCUGCCUACGUUAACCCUGGGAGCCCGUGUGCUGAGGGAAAGACCUGCCUGGACUUUGCAUGUGUGAACGCCUCUGCUCUGCUGCGAAAUCUGAACUGUAACGCUCAGACCACCUGCCACGGUCGGGGGGUAUGUAAUAACAAAGGCCACUGCCACUGUCAGAACGGGUGGGGCCCCCCGUUCUGUAACACGCCGGGGUUUGGAGGGAGCAUCGACAGCGGUCCAGCUCAGACUGAUGACUCCCUUAAGAAUGGUUUGUUGAUCUUUUUUCUCUUGGUGGUUCCAAUUUUGGUUCUUGUCACUUUGGUGCUGCUCUACUUCUUCAAGAGGGAAGCCCUGGACCCCUGCCUUAAAAUGAGAGAUUUCAAAUUGCGUCAACCUCAAAAUGAGCAACCAAACAGCAAUGUUCAGGCCAAGAUCAGAAUCUACCAACAACCACAAGCUUCUCCUCCCAGGCCUCCACUUCCAUCAGAGACCAAACCUCCAUUAUCUGGUUUCAGGUACGCAGUAAUGAAUUUCAGGAAUGAAGACCCAAGUGCGGCCACUUCAAACCCUCGAGUUCCCAAGAAAGGUCCUGUCGUGCCCAAACCAAAACCUCCCAAAAAAACUACCACAGUGAACUUUUAAGAAGUAUAUUGAAUUGUAUUAUUUGUAUUUUAAACACUGUACUUGCCAGUACAUCAAGUCUGAUAAUAUAGCUGCAGAUGAUGCUGGUAGAGUUUGAGGGGUUUUUUUUUUCUGAAAUGUAUUUUCAU